GGGUCUACGGAAUGUGAGGGGCAGUGGAGGAGAUGGCGGCGACGGCGUGGUGACCGUGGCCGGAGUGAGGGCGGCGGGGCUGCGAGCACUAUGACAGAGGAUGUCUCCUGAAGGCGCCUCGCUGUGACAAGCUUUAUACUUGCCGGCUGUGUCACGAUAACAAUGAAGACCAUCAACUAGAUCGUAAAGUAAAGGAAGUGCAGUGUAUAAACUGUGAAAAAAUCCAACACGCCCAGCAGACUUGUGAAGAAUGUAGCACACUGUUUGGAGAAUAUUACUGCAACAUAUGCCACCUGUUUGACAAAGAUAAGAAGCAGUAUCAUUGUGAGAACUGUGGAAUUUGUAGGAUUGGUCCAAAGGAAGAUUUUUUCCACUGUUUGAAAUGUAACUUAUGCCUAGCUAUGACUCUUCAAGGAAAACACAAGUGUAUUGAAAAUGUUUCCCGGCAGAAUUGCCCAAUAUGUUUGGAGGACAUUCACACGUCCCGCGUUGUUGCUCACGUUCUGCCAUGCGGACAUCUUUUACAUAGAACAUGUUACGAAGAAAUGCUGAAAGAAGGCUACAGAUGUCCCUUGUGUAUGCACUCUGCACUGGACAUGACCCGCUACUGGCGCCAGCUGGACGAUGAGGUGGCUCAGACUCCUAUGCUGUCAGAGUAUCAGAACAUGACUGUGGAUAUUCUCUGCAAGGACUGUAAUGGACGAUCCACAGUUCAGUUCCAUAUACUAGGCAUGAAGUGUAACCUAUAAUACUGCUCAAGCUGGAGGACGUGGAGUUUCCCCGGAUUUGCAGUGACCAACCUUACUGUACUGGAUAAAACAGCAUUUUCAGAUAAAGAAAAGAUUUUCCUUAGUGUCCUGUUGCAAAGUGUUAUAAUCUGUGCAUUAGAGUCAAUGUGUUUUGUACU